GUGUGUUUUUGUGCGUGCGCAGGGAGAAUCGGCACUUGCUACAGACAGUACGGUCCUUCUGCCCGCUUUCAUCUCUCGCCUUUCUCCCCUCUCCUGUCCUUCAGAGAUAAUGGGGAGAAAGACCGAAGGAAGGUGGGUGGGGGGAGGAGGCAACUAGAAAUCUGGCUUGCUUCAUAGAAACCCACCAGCAGCGCUUCAUUCCAUUAAAAGCCUUUCAGAGAGAGGGUGGGGAGAAGAGGCUGCUGCAACUGGAAUUCUCUGCUACAAUUCACUCCUAUGAUGACUUCUGUUGCCCCUCCAGGCGAUUUGCUUUAAGGGCACAUUGUAAUGGGUUUUGGAGGCACUUGAGAAGUAAAACAGUGGAGCGAAUCUGCCGCCUUUUUCAUAUCUUUAACAAUGUGCAGGCAGGACGAGCCCGUGAAAUUGGUCGCCAGAAUCUGGAUGGCUUCCUGCAACAAGAUGAUAGGCGUGCUGCUGGUGUUCUUCCCUGCAAUUUUCCUGGAGAUGGACUUUCUCCCCAAGAAUGCUGGCAGGAAGGUUUUGAUCUCAGGUGCUUCCUCCCAAAGAUCAGUAGCCAGAAUGGAUGGUGAUGUCAUUAUAGGAGCCCUCUUUUCUGUUCAUCACCAACCUCCAGCUGAGAAGGUGCCCGAAAGAAAAUGUGGCGAGAUCCGAGAGCAAUAUGGCAUCCAGAGAGUUGAGGCCAUGUUUCACACUCUGGAUAAAAUUAAUUCAGACCCAGUCUUGCUGCCCAACAUCACUUUAGGCAGCGAAAUCCGAGAUUCCUGUUGGCACUCCUCUGUGGCCUUGGAGCAGAGUAUUGAAUUCAUAAGGGACUCUUUGAUCUCCAUUCGAGAUGAGAAAGAUGCUCUCGGCCGCUGCCUGCCUGACCCUUCGUAUCACCACCAGGUCAGGGAGAAAAAGCCCAUUGCUGGUGUCAUCGGCCCAGGAUCCAGUUCUGUGGCCAUCCAGGUUCAAAAUCUGCUUCAGCUCUUUGAUAUUCCCCAGAUUGCAUAUUCUGCAACCAGUAUUGACCUGAGUGACAAAACUUUGUACAAAUACUUCUUGAGGGUAGUUCCAUCGGACAUUCUGCAAGCCAGAGCCAUGCUCGACAUAGUCAAACGUUACAACUGGACCUAUGUGUCUGCUGUCCAUACAGAAGGAAACUAUGGGGAGAGUGGCAUGGAAGCCUUCAAAGAGCUGGCUGCUCAAGAAGGUCUUUGCAUUGCUCAUUCGGACAAGAUCUACAGCAACGCAGGUGAAAAGAGCUUCGAAAAGCUGCUUCAGAAGCUCCGUGACAGGUUGCCAAAGGCCAGAGUUGUGGUUUGUUUCUGCGAAGGCAUGACCGUCAGGGGAAUACUUAUGGCUAUGAAACGUCUGGGAGUGCUUGGGGAGCUCCUCUUGAUUGGGAGUGAUGGAUGGGCAGAUAGAGACGAAGUCAUCGAAGGGUACGAAGCUGAAGCAAAUGGGGGCAUCACAAUCAAGCUGCAGUCUCCGGACGUCGUGUCAUUCGAUGACUAUUUUUUGAAAAUACGGCUGGAAACCAACACGCGCAAUCCCUGGUUCCCAGAAUUUUGGCAGCACAGGUUCCAGUGUCGCAUUCCAGGACAUCCUCUAGAGAACCCCAACUUUCAAAAGAACUGCACUGGCAAUGAAAGUUUGGAAGAAAACUAUGUCCAGGACAGUAAAAUGGGAUUUGUUAUCAAUGCCAUCUAUGCUAUGGCUCAUGGCCUCCAAAGUAUGCAUCAUGCCCUUUGCCCAGGACACAUUGGACUGUGCGAUGCCAUGAAGCCCAUUGAUGGAAGCAAACUCUUGGAUUUUCUGCUCAAUUCUUCAUUCAUCGGCGUUUCAGGAGAGGAAGUUCGAAUUGAUGAGAAUGGAGAUGCUCCCGGAAGGUAUGACAUCAUGAACCUACAGCACAUAGAAGCUAACCAUUAUGAUUAUGUUUAUAUUGGGACCUGGCAUGAAGGGGUGUUGAAUAUUGAUGACAAUAGGAUUCAGAUGAACAAAAGUGGAAUGGUCCGGUCGGUGUGUAGUGACCCCUGUUUGAAGGGUCAAAUUAAGGUUAUAAGGAAGGGAGAAGUGAGCUGCUGCUGGAUCUGCACAGCUUGUAAGGAAAAUGAGUUUGUGCAGGAUGAGUUCACAUGCAAAGCUUGUGACCUGGGAUGGUGGCCCAACACAGAACUGACAGGCUGCGAACCCAUCCCUGUAAAAUAUCUGCAGUGGAGUGACAUUGAGUCCAUUGUGGCUGUGGCCUUCUCUUGCCUGGGUAUCUUGGUCACCCUGUUUGUUACGCUUAUCUUUGCCCUCUAUAGGGACACCCCUGUUGUCAAAUCCUCCAGUCGGGAGCUUUGCUACAUUAUACUUGCCGGGAUCUUCCUUGGCUACAUCUGCCCCUUUACCCUGAUUGCUAAGCCCACUGUCACCUCAUGCUACCUCCAGCGCCUCCUCGUGGGGCUUUCCUCUGCCAUGUGCUACUCUGCCCUUGUAACCAAAACCAAUCGCAUUGCACGCAUCCUAGCGGGGAGCAAGAAAAAAAUUUGCACCCGCAAACCACGCUUCAUGAGUGCUUGGGCCCAAGUCCUCAUUGCCUCCAUCUUGAUCAGUGUGCAGCUGACCUUGGUGAUUACCCUGAUCAUCAUGGAGCCCCCUUUCCCCAUCCUUUCCUACCCUAGCAUCAAGGAAGUCUUCCUGAUCUGCAACACCAGCAACUUAGGUGUGGUGGCCCCAGUGGGCUACAACGGACUCCUUAUCAUGAGUUGCACUUACUAUGCCUUCAAAACUCGCAACGUGCCCGCCAACUUCAACGAAGCCAAGUACAUUGCCUUCACUAUGUACACAACAUGUAUCAUCUGGCUGGCCUUUGUACCUAUAUACUUUGGGAGCAAUUACAAGAUCAUCACUACUUGCUUUGCGGUGAGCCUGAGUGUGACAGUAGCUCUGGGGUGCAUGUUCACACCCAAGAUGUAUAUCAUCAUUGCCAAGCCCGAGAGGAACGUCCGCAGUGCCUUCACCACUUCAGAUGUGGUGCGUAUGCAUGUUGGGGAUGGGAAGACACCUUGUAGGUCCAACACUUUCCUCAGCAUAUUCCGGCGGAAGAAGCCAAGUACUGGAAACCCAAAUUCCAACGGCAAGUCUGUGUCCUGGUCUGAACCAGGUGGGAGAAACGUUCCCAAGGGACAACAUAUGUGGCACAGACUCUCAGUGCAUGUGAAGAGCAAAGAGCCAGGAUGCAAUCAGACCGCAGUGAUCAAGCCCUUGACUAAAAGCUAUCCAGGCCAAGGCAAGAGCCUGACUUUUUCAGACAUCAGCAGUAAGACUCUGUACAACGUGGUGGAGGAAGAGGAGAGCGAGCCAGUGCGCUUCGGCCAACUAAAUAGUCCUUCCAUGGUUGUGCAUCGGCGAAUCAUGGUGACGCCUCCCCUGCAGGCAACAGCAGAGGAAACCCACCUGUUCUUGUCCGAGCAGAGUCCCCAAAUCCUACCACCUCCACCACCACAGAGAUCUGUUAUGGAGCAGCUGCAAGGCGUGGUCAACAAAUUUGCCACUGGCAUCCCGGACUUCAACUCUGUGAUCCCUGCACCUGGUGCCGGGAACGGAGUAAGGCCUAUCUAUCACCCUCCAUUAUUGCAGCAGCAGGUGCUGCCACUCCAAAUGGGUACAUUCAGCAAAGAGAUAGUUUCGUCCCCAGCUGAAGAAGAGGGGCAGGAGGAGGAGGAAGAAGAAGAAAAUGAAAAGUUUAAGCUUAUCCAAGGGUAUGUGUAUGAGCGGCCGGGGAACCUAGAGGAGGAUGAAGAUGAGGAAGAGGAGCAGGCAACCAGCAAACUGACUCUAGAAGACUCACCAGCACUGACGCCUCCAUCUCCCUUUCGAGAUUCGGUGGCCUCAGGCAGUUCUGUGCCCAGCUCCCCGGUAUCUGAAUCAGUGCUUUGCACACCUCCCAUUGCAACCUAUGCCUCUGUUGUUCUGAGGGAUUAUAAGCAAACUUCAUCAACCCUGUAGAACAGAGGCUGUGGUGAUGGAAGCAAGUGGACCACGUCUCCUUGGUCAGCUUUGGUUUGAUGGGGCAAAGCAGCACAAGCCGUGUGAGGGCAAAGGAAGGCACACCAGCAUGAUGUUGUGUAUAGGAGGGGGCAGCAGCAACAACGAACAAAUGUGUAUCCUGCACUAAAUCUAUUAGAGGGCUUCAAUUCUUUACUUGUUGUGUGUGUGUGCGUGUGUGCGUGUGCGCGUGUUUUAAAGGGAAAGUAUUGUAUUGUUUUCAAAGUAUUGUAUUCUGAGAAGACAGUAGGCAUUUUGACAAAGCACAAAUCCCAUCUACAACUUCUAUAGCAAAAACAAAAUUCAAAGGGGUAAUAAUAAGUACAGUACACAACGUUUCACACACACUGUCAUACACUCUCUUGGCAACACUUGAAUAGGACUCUGCAUAACACAAACCACAGAGGAGACUUUAGCAUCCAUCUCACUGCUGGACAUCUUCACUGAAUGCAGCAACGUUCCCUUGGAAAGGAAGGAAUAAAAGUCUUCUCUGCAGACAGCACACCUGGGUAUAUCUUUUCUUAUGCUUUCUUAAGUGAGUGACCUGGAAAUAACAAGUUGUCAUGUGAAGUUUGUGUCAGAGAAGCAAAAAUAGCAUGUGAGCAUAUAGUUUAUAAGGAAUGUUUAGAACCUCUGAUUUAGUACCCCUCCCCCUUGUGCUGAUUUUAAAAAGAGCCAGAAUAAACACAGUGAAGACACGAAAGGGCUGCUGAUGAGAACCAAGGCAGAAAUUCCUGUAGUGUUGAGCCUUUGCCCUUUUGUAGAUGAUUGCAAGCCAGGAGGUGGCUAAACUGUUAACACUACAUUUCCUGUAGCAAAACAAUAUUUACCAACUUGACUUUCAUAAUCUGAUGCAUCUGCCAUGUGGUUACAUUGUUUGUUUGUGUUACUAUGGAAACAACUACAUAUGAAAUAAUUAUAUAUUUUGAGCAACAGUUACUACUUUAAAGCAAAAAGCAAUUCUUAACCGUGGCUCACUAGAUUCAUGGUAGAGGCAAGAGAAUGAGUGUAUGUUGUGUCUUUGUGUGUGUGCGUGCGUGUAACUGUAUAGAACAUGUGCUGUAUAACAUCUAAUAACUGCCACUGGAUGAUCGUCCUACGAAUAUAUUAUCGAUAUUUUUAUGUUUCGAUCAUGUUUUAUAUUGCAUUGUUUAAAAAUAUACUAUAGAUCUUUGAAGGUUUGUGAGCUGUGCUGAAACAUUUUUAAUAAGCUAAGCCUUCCCUUAUAAUAGGGUGCUUGAUUUUGCUGAUAUUUUUGCCAUGUGAAAUUAUGCUGUUGAAAAUAACCAGUGCUCCAAUAAUUUGUUAUUUCAUGUAUUUUAAACAAAUGUAUUAAAGAUGCAUCUCUUUUAGAAAUCUUGCACACACCAGAAUUUUAAAAAAAAACACCUGUAAAGGCAAAUUUGGAAAAAGUAUUCAGACCAUUUCUCGUUAUGGAUAACUGAAAGACCAUACCUGUGGCAAAGA